AUGGAUGAUGGCUACAGAAACACAAACCUCUAUCAGGGGGGCAGGGACACAAACCAAGUCUCUGAUGACUAUAGGUACCAGGAUGGCAACUACGAAGGUUACACAUCCAACGAUGGCUACUACCGUGGUGGGGACGAGCCCACUCAUGAAGAAGAUGCCCAGAGCGAUGUUACAGAAGGGCACGAUGAAGAUGAUGAGGUCUAUGAGGGGGAGUACCAAGGGAUCCCACACCCAGAUGACAUUAAAGCCAAGCAGAAGCAGCGAGCUCCUGCUGGGGAUGAUGACUACAGAGACCGUGCUGACCUUAUGGCAGAAAGGAUGGAGGAUGAGGAGCAACUGGCCCACCAGUAUGAAAACAUCAUCGAGGAGUGUGGCCAUGGACGCUUCCAGUGGACGCUCUUCUUUGUUCUAGGGUUGGCACUGAUGGCAGAUGGGGUGGAGCUGUUUGUGGUUGGAUUUGUUCUGCCCAGUGCUGAGAAGGAUAUGUGCUUAUCCAGUUCAAACAAAGGCAUGCUAGGCUUGAUAGUCUACCUAGGGAUGAUGGUGGGGGCCGUCAUGCUGGGUGGCCUGGCCGACAAACUGGGAAGAAAGAAAUGCCUCAUCAUAUCACUUUCAAUCAAUGCUGCCUUCGCGUUCCUCUCCUCCUUUGUCCAGGGAUACGGAUUCUUCCUCUUCUGCCGCCUUAUCUCAGGCCUCGGUAUCGGGGGAUCCCUCCCCAUUGUGUUUGCCUAUUUCUCUGAAUUCCUGUCUCGUGAGAAGAGGGGGGAGCACCUGAGCUGGCUUUGCAUGUUCUGGAUGAUCGGUGGCAUUUUUGCUUCAGCAAUGGCUUGGAGCAUCAUCCCCCAUUACGGCUGGGGGUUCAGUAUGGGAACCAAGUACCACUUCCACAGCUGGAGAGUCUUUGUUCUUGUCUGCUCUCUGCCCUGCAUCGCCUCCCUGGUGGCACUGAAAUUCAUGCCUGAAAGCCCGCGGUUUUUGCUGGAGAUGGGCAAGCAUGACGAAGCCUGGAUGAUCCUCAAGCAUGUUCAUGAUACCAACAUGCGGGCCAAGGGCGAGCCAGAGAGGGUGUUUACGGUUUCCUACAUCAAAACCCCAAAGCAAGUAGAUGAGUUUAUUGAAAUCCAGAGCUCAACAGGGACCUGGUACCAGCGGUGGCUGGUCAGAAUCACAACCACUUUCAAACAGGUCUGGGACAACGUGCUAUAUUGCUUAACAGCCCAGUACAGGAUGAACACACUGAUUCUGGCUGUGGUUUGGUUUACUAUGGCCUUAAGUUACUAUGGCCUUAUUGUCUGGUUCCCCGACAUGAUCCGGUAUUUCCAAGAGGAGGAAUACGAAUCCCGAGUGAAGAUCUUUGAUGAGGAAGAAGUGUCACACUUUACCUUUAAUUUCACCCUGGAAAACCAGAUCCAUAGAAACGGGGAAUACAGAAACGAUAAAUUUAUCGGCAUGAAAUUCAAAGAAGUGAGAUUUGAGGACUCGUUGUUUGAGGAAUGCUACUUUGAAGACGUGACGUCCAGUGAGACCUUCUUUGAAAACUGCACCAUCAUCUCUACUGUCUUUUAUAACACUGAUCUCUACGAACACAAAUUCAUCAACUGCAGGCUCAUAAACAGCACGUUUCUGAAGGAGAAGGAAGGCUGCCACAUGGACUUCGAGGAAGACAAUGAUUUCCUGAUCUACCUGGUCAGCUUCCUGGGCAGCCUGUCCGUGCUGCCGGGUAACAUCAUCUCUGCAUUGCUCAUGGACAAAAUAGGGAGGAUAAAGAUGAUCGGUGGCUCGAUGUUGAUCUCUGCAGUGUGCUGCUUCUUCCUCUUUUUUGGCAACAGCGAGUCGGCGAUGAUCGGCUGGCAGUGCCUCUUCUGUGGGGCCAGCAUUGCCGCCUGGAACGCCCUGGAUGUGAUCACCGUGGAGCUCUACCCCACAGAUAAGAGGGCAACAGCCUUUGGCAUCCUCAAUGGGCUUUGCAAGUUUGGUGCCAUCCUGGGGAACUCGAUCUUUGCCUCCUUUGUAGGGAUAACCAAGGUGGUUCCCAUCCUCCUGGCUUCCUCUGCUCUGGUUGGAGGUGGCCUGCUCGCUUUGCGCCUGCCAGAGACUCGAGACCAGGUCCUGAUGUGAGCAACUGAGGCCAGGGGGGUCAGGGGUGGACGUAGAAGAAGAAGAAAAAGGAGCCAUGUUUGGAAAAAUCAAAAUGUCCUUUUCUAUACUGUUUUGUCGAUACCUCAAAGAGAGGGAGCAGAGGUGAACGAGCCCAAAGGGAUAAAAUGAAGCCCCUUAGUAUCUGACCCUUUUACAGCCAUGAUUGGUGCAUGCAGCUACUUCACACACCCUGCAGAGCUUUGCUGUUUGGGUUUAAUCCUGCCUACACUGGGAGCCUAUCCUUUCCCUCCCCAUCCCCGUGUAGUGACACAAGACACGAACAGGGGCUUUGUGUGUGCGUGCGUAUGCCUGCGGGGGUGUGAGCAGAUCCUGAGCUGAGCUGUGAGAGCCUGCCUGCCUUGCUGAGCACUCCCUGGCAAUUCAAACAAGCUGUGCUCAGACACAAAAGGCAUCCAAAUGGCAGGCAGGUAACAAACCCAUCAUAGGUCAGAUCCAGCAACAGGAACAAGAGCUAUAAAUGUGUCCUUAGCUGUCUUGAUUUGGGGGUUACAACUUGAAAAAAAUGAGAAUCCUCGUUUCUGAAGGAUUUGAGAGUGGGUGCUCAGCUCUCUUAGAAGACUCACUAUCUCAAAGCCCCUUACUGUCUUCACUUGGGCAUAAAGAAUCACUAGGCACCUUCUUGGUCUGGGAGAGAAAUAUAUACAUAAUUUUAUAUCUAUAGAUGUAUUUACACUUACUUGCAAAUGUAUGUGCAUAUAUUGAAGUGAUCAGCUAGUGAAAUUUAUAAUUUUUAAUUUCUGCACUAUUUAAAAGACUUUAAGAGAGGCACUAAAAACUAUUCCCACUAAUUCAAGUUUAUCUGGAGCUAUGGCCAACUUAAUGACACACCAUUCUUUAUACCAGACACCAAAUAUAUAAAUGCAUUGAUGACUGGGAGUAUAUAUUUCUAUGAUGCUAAAGAUCUUUUUCCUACAAACUCAGAUGGAGGAGAAAUUAAUAUGAUGUUGGAGCAUUCCACAAACCAAAUGUGUACAUAUUAUCCAGUGUAAAUAGAGGACUUUUUGUCUAAUACCUAGAGUAUGUUAACAGAGAAUUUACCAGCAUUUUAGCCAUAUUAGUUAAAGAAUAUGAUGCUUCAUUUUCUUACAUAUUUGGGUCUCAUCGAAACACUGUAAGCACAGUUACUUAUAGCCAUUUAACUUGCUACAUGGGGAAUGCACACAGCAAGCUUUCACUGUACAGAACAUUAAAUUCUCCAUUAAGUGGGACAGUUAAGUUUGAUAUCCUGUAAAGACUCUUUCUGAAUUUCAUAUGCUCUUUAUAUUGUACAACUUAAGUUCUGUUGCACCUGAAAGCAAAGUGAGCUGUGUAUUUUUGGAUAUAUUUUCUUGGGAAGCAGGAAUGAAAUGUAUACUGUUAAAUAACACACAGAAAUACCUAGAUAGUGCUAAUUAGGCCCAUUCAACAAGCUCAGCCAUAGACCAGAAUUGAGUAGAAAUGGGAAAUAGUCACAUAAUGCAGGGAAUUUGUUUCACCGUGAUAUUUUCUGACAUUAAAAGUUAUGAGUUAUUUUGUACUUUUGCUAGUGACCUUUUUACUUUUCAUUGGUUCCUUUUUUUUUUUUUUUUUUUUUUUUUUUUUUUUUUUUUAAGAAAAUCAAACAGUGCUAGGCUGAAAUCCAGCAGGACUGAAGUCUACCACCUCUGCCUUCAGCUGCACAGAGGCAGUCACAUACACCCACAGCUCACACCAGGGCCAGCCCCGCGCAGCUGUGGCAGUCGGUGUCAGCACCGCUGCAGAGGACAGAUGAAAGACACAAAGUGUGGUGAGAUCACAAGAAGCAAAUCCUUGCCGAUGAGAAAAAAGUGUCUAAACAGCAUUACUUUCGUCACUGUGUCAGCUGGGGAUAAGCACUUAAAGAGCAGCUAGGCUACAAUGGGCUAUUUGGGAUUUUUAUAGAUUUACUCUGAGGUUUAUGAAAUUGAUAAAAUCACAAGCGGCUUUAAUAGCCCGGCUUAUUAUGCCUCAUUUCUCAUUUUAUGGGUAGCUUAGGGCCUUUUUUCUGAUUUGUCUUCAAAACAGCAAGGUUCCUUCACUGAGGUAGGAGUGAAUGUAAUUAUGUCCUUUGGCAGUGGUUCACAGCUUCUGUUGAGAAUCACAGCCCAGAAUGUGUUUUUUCUCUAAGAAUGUCUGAUCCCUUUGCAUGGUAAAAAGCAGCUAAAUAUGUGUUUCAACACAAAAGAUCUCCAUGGUCUCUAUGUUUCAUUCUUUCUGUUGGGUUGUGAAUGCCCAUUAAGUCAUUGUAUUUACAGGGAAAAAAAGGUUUGUUUCAUGGCCUGGACUAUUCUGUUGUGCUGCUCUGUGGAGCCAGAACUUAUCUUUAUUUAUUCCAUGAAGCACUCUCAGUUACAUCUAUAUCCAGUGCUCUGACAGCAAACCUGAUUGUUUGUGUUCUCCAUUGACACUGCACAAUUACAAAAAUGGCAUCACUUAUUUUGCAAAACUUCACCAUUGGUUUCCUUAGAAAGAAGAAAUUGAGGUCUUAAGGUGAUGAAAAUGGUAAGGUAACAUCAUGAAAUGUUAUCCAAUCUUAGGAAACUUUCUUCUUUGCAGAAUGGGUCCUUCACAGGGUCUGCCUGGUAAACCUCAUGACUGAGAGAUUAGCUGGGGCAAGGUAAAGAGCAAUAGGAUCUGGCAGUCAGCGUCACCCUGGUUCCCAUGCAACUGUGACACUAAAAUGCAUGGGUUGGUCACUUCGGAGUUAGGGGACAGUGGGUAUGGGGCUUGAUGAUGUUCCUAUCCCUGAUAUUUGACCAGGGAGUUCAUGAACAGCUACAAAAGUGCAAACACACACUGCAGCUGGUACACCAGGGCCUGGGAAAGGAGGCACAGUUAACAGAGAAGGAAGAAAUGAAAAGCUGAGGAGAAACCACAUUAGCUAGCCUCAGACACCUACAAGUCAGCUGUCUGAAUUCAAACUAAUCACCCAGGGUUCCCAUUACUCCCAGUUACACGAAAUAGUGAACAUCUGUGGCCAUUCAGUUUUGGUUUGGCUCCGAGUUUCAGGCUGUGCGCUACCAGCUAGGCCGAGGCCAAGCCAUGGGGCACCGAAGCACCGUGCAUGGGGAGGUUUCUUGUCGGGCACCUCCUCUGAUGGCUCAGCUUUGUUUCUGCUGUAAAAUCAGCAUUGUGGCUGCACUGCAAGGGCCAGCUUGCCUCCUCCAGCAGUUCCCCCUGCCUACACUUGCCGCAGUGAAGUCUCCAUGUCUUGGAGUUCUGCUAUUACUGGAUCAUCUGCAGAGGAAAAGUGCUGAUCACAGCCCAAUAACAGUCCUCACUGAGCACCAUUUCCUCGGAUUUGUGAACUUUUCAGCAAUGAGGGCACAGAGGACCAAGACAGGGGACUUGCCUUAAAUCCCAAAAACCUCCUGUAGAGGACAGUUGGACCUCUUCACGCAUAUGUGGCACGCCAGUCCAGCCACUCAACCAGGGACUUUGUGGCUUGGAAGAGAUGGGUAUAGGGAACCCAAACCAGCCUGCUGGGUCCUGGUGUCUUCAUCCAUACAGUGGAGUAAUGGGGCCCCUGGAGCAGUUCAUUACUGCGUUCCUGAGCACGCAGAAACAGAUAUUUAGAGGAACAGAAAGCACUGUUGCUAUUGUACAAGACCAGUGGUAUUACAAUAAGAGUUCUGCCUCCUUAUAUUCCUGUUGAUUUAAUGUACUGUUUUUCCUGAACGUCAGUUGUGCAGCACUGCUUCUGCUGUCACAUUUCAUUCUACCACAUCCUGCUGGUGGUGGCUACUGCUUGGGGCUGGGUGGGGUGACCCCCUGCUCGCCCGUACCAUCUUCAUCUCCCAGAAAUGCUGUGCGAUUUAUGAACGGCAGUGUAUGGAUCUUCUGGACUAAGAAAAGGGCCACACUAUGAAAACCCACAUCCAGAGACAGAUGUUCUGCACUCUGGGGAGAGGUCCCUCAGCUAAUGUCCUUUGGUGACAGGGGAAAGAUGCAGUGAGGGACGUUCCCUGAGCCUGGGAGCUGUCUGGCCCCUGGGCUGGGUUCACACGUCGGCACAGAGCAAAGCUGCACGGAGCUGAGCUUUCUGCACUUCUUAAGGUCUCUUCUAGGUCCUGCUUUGAGACUUCCAGCAACAGAGUAUACUCUGACACUGGUAAGGACAUCCUAGAUUAAUUUCUGUCCUUGUUUAUGUCCUUUGACUAUCCAAAGGACACUAAAACCUGAGAGUAUAUUUUUAGGUUUAUGUAGAUUUGAGCCCCAUGCAUUAUAUUUCCAUCAAGUUUCUCCCUUGGUUUCUCACCCUUGUAUUAGCCAAUGCUGCUUUUAGGAAGAAUCAAGCCUGGGAACUGUGAAGGAAACAAAAUGAAGAAAUUUUUUUGCUGUAUGUAAUGCUAGAGCUGUGUAAAUGUUCACACACUGCAAGUUCCCCUGUAAAUAACACCCGGUGUCGUGCAUUUAAUGAAAUGUUUCAUUUAGGUGUUCUGUCAGCUCUGUGUGUGAGAUAGCCAAUUCCAAUCCCUUGGUUCCUUGGUUCCUUUUCUUCAUUUAAAACUUUUUUUUUUUUUUUUUUAAUUUGAUCUGUGUCUGGUUGUCACUGGAAAUUGCAGCUGUUCCAACGGACUUUGUUUUUGUUCUCCCUGUCACAUUAAAAAGCUGGAAGAAAAA